AAUUUUAGGACGAUAUUACUUGAUUAAUUGAGCUUCAUGUUGAAUUUUAGCUUCUGUUUUGGCUUUGUGAUCCACUUUUGACCCUAGGCUUUGACCUAGUGGCUUGUUACUUACAUUUGAGUUGUGAAUUUCAGGUUCAAGUAGGCAUCUCCCUGAUUGAUGUUGCUCCUUCAUUUGAGCUUGAUCAUUUGUUGUUGUUGGCUAACAUUUGUGUGUUUUGUAGGUUGAGGAUAGUGUUUGCCUUAUGCCUUAUGUGUUGCAUAUUGGGUUGUCUGUUUGAUAUUGACUGUUGACUGUUGGUCUGAAUUCUGUACUGAUUGGUUUAGCUGUUUCCACAGGUACCUAAGUUGCUUUAAGUUCAUUUGAACUUUGCUUUGCUUUGCUUGUGGUUGGCAUACCACUUAGGCAGGAUUGCUGAUCGUCGUCCGCACCGCUACGCUACAAGACUGAAUCAACAGAGAAGUAUGGAUCAAGUUCAGGCUGAGUUGGCAGAGAUGAGGGCUAACAUGGCCCAAUUCAUGACCAUGAUGCAAGGAGUUGUUCAAGGGCAAGAGGAGCUGCGUGCCUUAGCAUAGAGACAGGAAGCUGUGAUUCCACCGGUCCACCGUGGUUCACCAAAGGGGGUCCCUGUUAAUGAAGCUGUUACUGCUAUUAUUCCCGUCAACAACUAUGAUGUGGGUGAUGAGUUGAGGGGUAUCUGGAUUAACGGACAACCUAUUGCUGCGGAGACUGUCGAUGUUAGAGAGACCCGUGCUCCGGUGCGCCAUCCUGCUCCGUUGGUUGACAGACAAGAGGAUAUGUUUACUCUCCUCAGUGAGGAUGAUGAGGUUGUAAGGACUGAAGAGAGGGAUAGGAAGGUUGAUGCCCUAGCUGAGAAGAUUAGAGCCAUGGAGUGUCAGAACUCUUUGGGCUUUGAUGUUACCGAUAUGGGCUUGGUUGAUGGAUUGAGAAUUCCUUACAAAUUCAAGGCGCCAUCCUUUGACAAAUAUAAUGACACUUCUUGUCCUCGCACCCAUGUGCAGGCCUAUUACAGGAAGAUCUCUGCAUACGCAGAUGAUGAGAAGAUGUGGAUUUACUUUUUCCAAGACAGCUUGUCUGGAGCGUCUUUGGACUGGUACAUGGACCUGAAGAGGGAGUCUAUUAGAAGCUGGAGGGAUUGGGGUGAAGCCUUCUUGAGGCAGUAUAAGCACAACAUGGAUAUGGCUCCAAGCCGAACCCAACUGCAGAGCUUGUGUCAGAAGACUGGGGAAAGCUUCAAAGAGUACGCCCAGAGAUGGCGUGAGCUAGCCGCAAGAGUACAACCUCCGAUGUUGGAGAGAGAGCUGACUGACAUGUUCAUCGGGACCUUGCAGGGUGUGUUCAUGGACCGCAUGGGGAGUUGCCCGUUCAGUAGCUUUUCUGGUGUUGUUGUCUGUGGGGAGAGGACUGAGAGUCUCAUUAAAGCAGGAAAGAUACAAGAUCCUUGCUCUUCAAGUUCUUCGAGUUCUAAAAAGCCAUCCUCUGGGGCACCCAGAAGGGGAGAGAGUGAAACAAAUGCUGUGCACCGUCAGAGAAAUAUGAACAGAAGACAAUAUCGUCAGGUUGCUGCUGUGACUAUUCCAGCAACUCAACAAUAUCAGAGAAGACCAACUCAGCAAUAUCAGCAUCAGCAACAUCGUCCUCAACAGCAGGCUUACCAGCCUCACAAUGGUAAUCAAGCCAGUACGAGUAAUGAGAGGAAGAAGAUCACUUUUGAUCCGAUCCCUAUGUCAUACGCAGAACUGUAUCCCUCUUUGAUAGAGCGGAACUUGAUUACUCCCAGAGACCCACCGGCUAUACCCGUCAACCCUCGGUGGUGGUAUAAGCCUGAUCAGCAUUGUGUGUAUCAUUCGGGUGCUCCGGGCCACGAUGUGGAUAGUUGCUUUCAGUUGAAGAUUAGGGUUCAAGACCUUAUGAGAUUAGGUAUCCUGAGCUUUGAGGACUUAGGUCCCAAUGUUAAUCGAGCUUGAAGAUAACAAGUCCCAGGCUGGCGUUGGCUUGUCUUCUGAGGUCUUCAAAGAAAAAGGGUUGUUCAGAAGUGGAGGUUUUAUCCACGUCAAUCAGAGUGGGGAAGCUGCUGAUGCAAAGGAUACUGACAGUUGUCAUCCCUGGCGGGAUCUGUCAUAAUUGGGUCGCUGUGGAUGUUCCUACAGUCAUUCAUAAGUCAGAGUAAUAAUCACUUUGUUUAAAAACCCUUCUCCCAUGCCAAAAGGAGAAGUGAUGACAUUGUUGGCAAAAUAAAUGCAAUGAUAUUUUCAUUCAAAUAAAAGCAUGUUAAACAUUUGUUUUUCCA